AGACCGGACGGGCGAAGGGAAGAGCGAGCAAAGGUAUAGAUAUUAUCGAGCGCGGCUGGGUGAGCGCCAUCGAUUUUUCCCGGGACGACGGAGCCGGCAUGGAACCCAACAGUCCCCGUAAGAUCCAAUUUACGGUCCCGUUGCUGGAGCCUCAUCUCGACCCGGAGGCAGCAGAGCAGAUCCGAAGGCGUCGUCCGACUCCUGCCACGUUGGUCUUGAGCAGCGACCAAUCGUCACCUGAAAUCGAUGAAGACCGGAUCCCCAACCCACUUCUGAAGCCAGGAUUGUCAAUGUCCCCAAGGCAGAGGAAGAAGGUCUCUCGCACUACUCCAACCAUGAAAGAGCUCCAGCUGAUGGUCGAACACCAUCUUUGCAAGCAGCAGAGAGAUGAAGAGGAAGAAGACAGUGCUGAGGUACAAGAGUCACACAGUCCAAGCUGCUGCCCUCAUGCCAACAUAGAACCGGCCCACAGUCCCGAAAGCUGCCCUUUGGCUCAAGCCCACGCCCAGCCGGAGUCCCAGGAAAAACCACACUCUGGUCUCGAAGAACAGGGAAAAGUCACAGAAGCUUGCGGUGUAGGGAACUCUGACAAAACGAGGUCUUACUUGUGCCCAGAAAACCAAGGGAUUCAUAUAUCACUGGAGAACUCCAUGGAGAAGGACAGGCUGCCCAAGGAGUAAGUGAUUCUCUGCUGGAGGCAUAGAGUUAUAGCUGGACACAGGGCUCAUGCAUACCUGAGGAAUAUCACACAGCUCUUCCUUCCUUCCUGCCUGCCUGCCUGCCUUCAUUCCUUCUUUCCUUCCUUCCUUCCUUCCUUCCUUCCUUCCUUCCUAUGAUUGUUUUUUUUAAAGAUUUCAAUAACUAGGUCAUAUAUUUGUAACGGUCCCGUCUUUAUUAUUUUUUUAAAUGGGGAAAAAAAACACUCUUUCCACUGUUUUGGGUUUUGUGGCCAGACAGUAGUAGGGAUUUGGCCUAGAAGCACUAGGCAGAUUUUGAUGAGAGAUCUCUGCAUUUGGCCCUGAGUGGCGGCCUAGAUUUCCCAAGCAACAGAUGUGAGGCUGAUAUAGGCCUUCAGGCAAUUCUCUACCUGGUUGGAUUAUGAUCUCUAUCGCUCUGAGCCACACCAGAUGGAGGUAAUGAGAUAGGUAAUCUAGCAUAUGUGAAGGCAGACAAGAUGGGAAGGUGGUCUUAAGCCUAGAGCUGGACUACUGUAGACUCCAAGGGUGAGGCCCUGACUUAAUUUCCUGCUGUGCAUUCCCCUGCCUCCGGCCCACUCUGUGUAUGUGUGAAAAAAAAAGAACCAGGAAUUCUACCUCCUGAUGGGCCUCUCUUUGUGUUGUUCCGUAGACAAUCAUUAGAAGUUUCUCCUUGCCGACGUGAUAUAGUACGGCUCAAAUGCCAAUUCAUCUUUUUUUCUCUUUUGCUGUUGAAUAGAACUAGGAGGAUUUUCUUACUCCUUUGGCCAGUUUUUCUGUCCAAAGCUAUCACCCUCCAAAGUUGCUUGAGAUUUCAUCUCCACAGGUUUGCCGUCUGUGUGGCUAAAAAUCUGGUCCGAGGAAGGUUUCUCUAGGCCUUGUUUUCUACACUGUAUAUUUUGAUAGCUGUCUUAUUGUUUUUCUGAACCUUGUAUUGCUUUCUGCUUUAGCAUAGCUUUUACGUAUGCUGGAGCCUCUAACGGCUCCCUCCGAGCAUGCAUCGCAAGGCAGCAAGAAUGCGUACAGCAGGUUUAGGGUGAUACACAAGAUGGACUGCAUGCUGGUGUGCACUGGGCCGGGGUGCAACUGGGCUUCACACCACAAAAGCAACACUUUUCAUCUAGUUGGGUGAAGAGACAAUGUGAUUCUUGUCAUGGCACUGUGCCUCACCUCAGAGCCUCCUCUGGCCACUCCAAUAGCUGGAAGAAGAGUCCAGAAGCUUCUGCAUGUAUGUCUCAUGUGGGCAGAAUGCACUUGUGACUCCUGGAACUGUUAGCAAAGCGAUGGGAAGCAAAGGAUUUGGAGAUGGGACAUGUUGCUUCGGGAUGCAUGGUGUAAAUUUUCAUCGAAAAGAGCCAAGCCCACCUUGGAAGCUCUGCACAGCCCCAGUAUACUCACAGGUGGGCCACACAGUUACCAACCUGGACCUGAAUAAGAGAAUUUUAUCUUCUGGUGUUGUGGGGCAGGGCCCCUUUAGCUGUCUUCAAACCCAUCUCUUGGUUCCAGUUCUAUUUCUGCUGAAUCCUGCCUCAUUAGGUAAGGAAAACUGGGCAGCUCUGGUCCUUUCUGACACCUCUUAAUUCCCCUUCUAGUGGAGAUACACCAACAGUACCAUCCAGCAGUGCCUUCCGAGAACAAACCAGCAUUUCUGCUGUCACACCUACAGGCCUCUGAUGCACAUAUGUGCAAAACCUCCAAGAGUUGCCAUGCAAGUAUUACAAGAUCAUGAGUACUGGGAU